CGUUUCUCACAGCGCGUUUCUCUCUAUUUUUUACAGUCUCUGGUUUCUCUCAGUACUCAGUUCCCAUCAGCGCGUACACUGUGGUGGUUGGAAAAAUGUUGGAAAGUUAUAUUUGGAAUGGCAGAAUCAACAGAUGUGGCUAUGAAAAAUAAGCGCUUCAAAAUACGUUUGCUGAUUACGUAGUCCCAUCAACGCCGCCAAGAAUGGAAGAGCAAGUCCUCCCUGUCAUCGAAGAAGCCACAGAUGAGGUGAAAAAGGGAUUUUACCUGCCAGUCUUCACAAGCCAGCAUUUACGCGCCAAGCCAAAAAAAGUAAAGAGUAUCUUCAAAAAAUCAACAAUACCAUCACCAGAGGAAUCAGUCCUCAGUGUCAGCAAAGGAAAAAUGGAUGAGAAAUAUAAGGUUGAGUGGGGAUUGUUGGAGUCUCCAUGGAGGGAGGUGGACUUUUCAGUGGACAACAGGGAGGCACUGGUUGAUUCUGUCACCUCCUACAAGCCCAGCUGUGAUUCUGUAUCUGAGGCCCGGGUUCUGCUGCUAGGCCCGGUUGGGGCGGGAAAGUCCAGCUUCAUCAGCUCUGUUCAUUCUGUCUUCACUGGGAGGGUCACCAACUGGGCCAUGGUUGGAACUUCUUCCACAAGCUUAACGCAAAAGUUCCAAUCCUUUCCUAUUCGGAGACGUGGAGAGAGUGGUGAUCAGCGAACUGCCGUAGUUCUGUGUGACGCCAUGGGUCUGGGAACGGGAGACAUGACUGGCCUGACCCUCCAUGAUGUUCUGGCUGUAAUCAAGGGCCACGCACCUGAGGGACACAAGUUCAGCUCUGAUCAGGCCUUGAGGGCAGAGACAGUGGGCUAUGUGAAGAAGCCGUCUGCCAGAGAGAAGAUGCACUGUGUGGCCUUUGUGGUAGAUGCCACAAAAAUCGACUCCUAUGGCAAAGGCAUGGGCUUCACCUUCCAGCAGCUCAAACAACAUAUCAGUGACCUGGGUGUGCACCAGGUUGCAUUGCUGACGCAUGUGGACCAAAUCUGCCCAGAAACAGCUCGUGACAUCACCAAGGUGUACAGAAGCCGGCUAGUGCAGCACGCGAUGGAAAAGGCUGCAGCUCUGUUGGGCAUGUCCAUGUCCUACAUCGUCCCAGUGAAGAACUACUCCUGUGAGCUGGAUGUGGAUGAGCACACAAACACCCUGCUGCUCUGUGCAGUCCAGCACAUUCUGCAGUAUGUGGAGCUGUACUUCCAGGACCUUACAGAGCCCAGAGUUGUGUGACACACCUUUGCAUUGAAUUCUCAGAUGCCUUAUGUAGAAUAGAAUUUUUGUUGUUGUUAUUGUUUUAAAUUUAUGAAAUAUAAAACAUUGAGUUUUAUAUUCCUCUACAGCAUGUGCAGGAAUCUCUGCACAGCGAUAUAUGUGUGUGUGUGUGUGUGUGUGUGUGUGUGUGUAAUGAGUGUUGUGAAAAAGUAUUUGUGCCCUUCCUGAUUUCUUCUGUUAUUACAUAUUUGUCACACUGAAUUGUUUCAGAUCUUUGGUCAAAAUGUAAUAUUAGACAAAGGGAACCUAAGUGAACUUGCCAGACACUCUGGGGAUCCAUCACAUUGGUCAGCAUUUAGACAACAACUUAGAAAUAAAUGCACAUCAUCUGUGAGAAAUGCCAAAUCUGAUUAUUAUUUAGACUUAAUUACUAGCUCCUAUUCAAACCCAAAAUUUUGGAAAGCAGUAAACUCAAACAAAAACAAAACCACUAAUUCCCUAUCUACACAUAUUAAAUGUGGUGACUGUUUGAUUUCUGAACAGAAAGAGGUUUGCCUAGCUUUCAAUAACCACUUUGCUGAUGCUGGGCAUUUAUUUGAAAAGGAAUACACAGGGCCCCCUCUUAUUAAUAAUGAUUGUGUAUGCACCAUGAACCACAUUUCUCAGUUUACCUUUCAGCCCUUCUAUCCUAGUGAUGGAUUUGAAGCAUUGUAAGCUGUUGAUCCCAGGAGUUCAACUGGAGAGGAUAAUUUGGGUCUUUUUUUUCUAAGACUGUCCGCUCCAUUUAUCACAGAGCAAUUAACGCAUAUAUUUAAUAUUUCUAUCUCAACAGGCAUAUUUCCUAGGGUUUGGAAAUCGGCCCAUGUAAUUCCAUUACAUAAAGGAGGCCAUAGAAAUUAUUUAAAUAAUUACCAUCCAAUCUCCAAAUUACCCUGCUUAGCAAAAAUCCUGGAAUUUUUGGUAAAUAACCAACUAAAGGCAUUUUUUUCAAAUAAGUCCGCAUCAAUCUGCAUUUAGAGCUCAUCACAGCACUAUUUCAGCUGUUACAUUAGUUACAAAUAAUUUAGUAUCCGCUUUAGACAAUAAGAAACACUGUGCUGCCAUUUUUGUGGAUCUGUCAAAAGCAUUUGACACAGUUGAUCAUCCUUUGGUCUUACAAAGGUUAUGUAAUAUUUGGUUUUGAUGGAAAGGCUUGUGAUUAGUUUCAGAAUUAUUUGUUUGAGAGACUUCAGUGUGUGCAAUCAGGGAGUGCUCAGUCCGAGUCCUUGCCGGUAACAAAGGGUGUUCCGCAAGGAUCAAUUUUGGGUCCUGCCCUCUUCACCGUUUAUAUUAGUGACAUGGUCUCUUCAUUGAGUGGUUGUCAAGUUCAUCUUUAUGCUGAUGACACUAUUGUGUAUUGCGUUGCUGAUUCUGUACAACUAGCCAUUGAGAACCUGCAGCUUUCCUUUAAUGCUCUACAGGAUGCUCUUAUUAAUCGUAAACUGGUACUUAAUGCAAAUAAAACAAAAUUCAUGCUGUUUACUAGAGCCAAAAAUAUUGAUUAUAAUAGUUUGCAUAUAUCCACUGCAAAUGGAUCUAAUAUUGAGAGAGUCACUGAAUAUAAAUAUCUUGGCAUCUGGUUUGAUGAGAAACUUACAUUUAAAUAUCAUAUAGACAAUCUUGUCAGCAAACUAUGGCAAAAACUUGGCUUCUUUUACAGAAACAGAACCAGCUUCCCUAUGAUUAGUAGAAAAAGGAUUGUUGAAGCUGUUUUCCUAUCAGUGUUGGAUUAUGGGGAUGUACUUUAUAGAAUUGCUGCUCCUUCCACUCUUAAACCCCUAGACUCGGUCUAUCAUUCUGCCUCAGAUUUAUUACUGGUGUUAGCUAUGGUACUCACCAUUGUAUCCUGUAUGAUAAGGUGGGUUGGUCCUCUCUGGCAGAGAGGCGUAAUAAACAUAAACAUCUAACGUUCUCAAAUGACUGCCUUAUGCUCAAGGUCCCCGGGCAUAGUCUGGAUUUGGAAAGUCAACUUUUUAUCUUAGUGCCCCAACUUCUUGGAAUGAUCUUCAACACACGCUAAAAAUCAAUUCUCUAUUAACCUAUGGACAAUUUAAAACCAUGAUCACAAACCUCCCUGCUCAUAUAUGUAACUGUUUUAACUGAUUUUUUAUCUGUGUUUUCUUUGUAUUUUAUUGUUUUUAUUGUGUUUUAUUGCUGCAUAAUGUAAUCUCGGCAUCAUCAAAAAUGAAGGCCCACCCUCAAUGUAUUCCCAGGAAUUAGGUUGAAU